CACUUCUUGACACAUAUACCACACCCAAUGCACAAGAAUUCCGAAAUGAAGGCGAUCUUAUCCGUGGGCUUGACCUCUAUACAGAGUUUGCCUGCAAAUCAUGUCAGAAAUACCAAGUCGUGUGCUUUGAAAGCGACGCACCCAUCUUGA